CCUAGACGGUCACCGAAGCUCGGAUAGUGAACAUCAUGGAGCAACCAGUGAUUGCCCAGGCCGAAGAAAUUUCUAUUACCUCACAACCCCUUUCAAAAAAAGCCCAGAAGAGAGCCGCAAAAGCAGCUCGCUUACAAGAGCAAAAGGCUGAACGUCGUGCGCGCGAGAAGGAGGCGAAAAAACGCAAGCGACGAGAGCGUGCAGAAGCAGGCGAUGCGGAGCCACGGAAGCGUCGUAAGAUGGGCGGAUUUGAUCAGACUUCAUUUGCUGCGCAAGUGGUGAUAGACCUGGGUUUCGAUGAUAUGAUGACGGACAAGGAAGUGACCUCUUUGACUUCCCAACUGGCAUAUACAUACAGCGCGAAUCGACGAUCAUCUACCCCGUUUACAUCACUAUUAUUUACAUCCCUCAAUGGGCGGACAAAGGCGCGGCUAGAUGCCAUAAACGAUGCUGGAUACAAGCGAUGGACGAAUACAAAAUGGUGGGAGGAAGGUUACGAUCGAAUAUGGACGUCCAAAUCUGAUUCUUGCGGCGGAGAUGAAGACAUGGAUGCACAUCGCGCGAGUGUGGUUUACCUGACCGCUGACUCCGAGGAAGAGCUGACAGAACUUAAGGAGGGCGAAAUAUACGUUAUCGGAGGUAUUUGCGAUCACAACCGAUACAAGAAUCUCUGCCUUGACAAAGCUAAAACGGCAUCCAUUCGACACGCACGCCUUCCUAUAGGCCGAUAUAUAGCAUCGUUAACGACGAGGAAAGUGCUCACGGUCAACCAGGUAUUCGAAAUCUUACUGAAGUGGGUUGAAACACGAGACUGGGAGCAGGCGUUUUGGAGCAUUAUUCCAAAGAGAAAGUUCCAAAACAAACCGACCGAUCUAGAUGCAUCCCCUGAAGGAGAGCAUGUUGGAGAAGAUGAAGAUCAGGAGGACCAGGAGGAUGCCGACGAAGCAGAGCUGGUGGCUUCGAACGAGAACGGGGACGGGGAAGAAGAUAACCAGGAUGGCGGGGUUUCCGGUUCUCGACCCCAACCAGUGCUAUCCAUGGCAUAUUAAUAAUGUCUCUACCUGCACUCCUAUCAGACGCGCAGUGCAAGUGACAUCCAGCACAGUUACCGCGGAGCCAACAGAUUGGGAUGCAUUUUCCAUCAUGAACGGACGAACCGCUUGCUUCUAGCGAAAGUCCUUGGUUAAAUUUUUUUUCCUGCCCAUCCUUCCGAAUCCUGUAAGUGUGACUAUCGUGUGAUUAAAAUUUUCCAGGCAUAUUGUGCUAAAUUCGCGUUUGCGUUGCGCAUACUACGUACUUCAGGCUGUAGACCGCUAGGGGAGAGUAGGACAUGACUUGAACCCUGCAAUCAAUAUUAUUCGAAGCGAACUCC